AGGGAGGAGCGCCGGGGCUCGGGCUUGGCGGCGAAGCGACCCCUCGCUCGCUCGCUCCGCGCCGCGGGCUAGGCGUGUUGGUCGGCGAGGCGGGCGGCCACGGCUUCCGGACGGGCUCCGGAGGCCGAGACCCUCGCGGCGCCCGGCGCUGCCCCGGCCCCCUCGGCCUCCAGCGGCGAGGCGGGGGAGUGAGGAGAUGCCGACCCAGAGGGACAGCAGCACCAUGUCCCACACGGUCGCGUGCGGCGGCGGCGGGGACCAUUCCCACCAGGUCCGGGUGAAAGCCUACUACCGCGGGGAUAUUAUGAUAACACACUUUGAGCCUUCCAUCUCCUUUGAGGGACUUUGCAGUGAGGUUCGAGAUAUGUGUUCUUUUGACAAUGAGCAGCCCUUCACCAUGAAAUGGAUAGAUGAGGAAGGAGACCCGUGUACUGUGUCUUCUCAGUUGGAGUUAGAAGAGGCUUUCAGGCUGUACGAGCUGAACAAGGAUUCUGAACUCUUGAUCCAUGUAUUUCCGUGUGUACCAGAGCGUCCUGGAAUGCCUUGCCCAGGGGAAGACAAGUCCAUUUACCGGAGAGGGGCACGCCGGUGGAGAAAGCUGUAUUGUGCAAAUGGCCACACUUUUCAAGCUAAACGUUUCAACAGGCGUGCCCACUGUGCCAUCUGCACAGACAGAAUCUGGGGGCUUGGACGACAAGGAUACAAAUGCAUCAACUGCAAACUGCUGGUCCAUAAGAAGUGUCACAAGCUGGUCACAAUUGAGUGUGGGCGGCAUUCUUUGCCACCGGAACCCAUGAUGCCAAUGGACCAGUCAUCCAUGCAUCCAGACCACACACAGACAGUAAUUCCGUAUAAUCCUUCAAGUCAUGAGAGUUUGGAUCAAGUUGGUGAAGAAAAGGAGGCAAUGAACACCAGGGAGAGUGGUAAAGCGUCGUCGAGUCUAGGUCUGCAGGAUUUCGAUUUGCUUCGAGUUAUAGGGAGAGGAAGUUACGCCAAAGUACUGUUGGUUCGGUUAAAAAAAACAGAUCGCAUUUAUGCAAUGAAAGUUGUGAAAAAAGAGCUCGUCAAUGAUGAUGAGGAUAUUGAUUGGGUGCAGACGGAGAAGCACGUGUUUGAGCAGGCGUCCAAUCACCCUUUUCUUGUUGGGCUGCAUUCUUGCUUCCAGACAGAAAGCAGGUUGUUUUUUGUCAUAGAGUAUGUAAAUGGAGGGGACCUCAUGUUUCAUAUGCAGCGACAGAGAAAACUUCCUGAAGAGCAUGCCAGGUUUUACUCUGCAGAAAUCAGUCUAGCACUGAAUUAUCUUCAUGAGCGAGGGAUAAUUUAUAGAGAUUUGAAGUUGGACAAUGUACUGCUGGACUCUGAAGGACACAUUAAACUCACUGACUACGGCAUGUGUAAGGAAGGAUUGCGGCCUGGAGAUACAACCAGCACCUUCUGCGGCACUCCCAAUUACAUUGCUCCUGAGAUCUUAAGAGGAGAAGAUUAUGGCUUCAGCGUUGACUGGUGGGCUCUUGGAGUGCUUAUGUUUGAGAUGAUGGCGGGGAGGUCUCCGUUCGAUAUCGUCGGGAGCUCUGACAAUCCUGACCAAAACACAGAGGAUUUUCUAUUCCAAGUCAUUUUGGAAAAGCAGAUUCGCAUCCCACGUUCUCUGUCUGUAAAAGCAGCAAGUGUGCUGAAGAGUUUUCUCAACAAGGACCCAAAGGAACGUUUGGGUUGUCACCCUCAAACUGGAUUUGCUGACAUUCAAGGACACCCAUUCUUCAGAAACGUGGAUUGGGACAUGAUGGAGCAAAAGCAGGUGGUUCCACCCUUUAAACCAAACAUUUCUGGAGAAUUUGGUUUGGAUAAUUUCGAUUCCCAGUUUACUAAUGAACCAGUCCAGCUCACUCCAGAUGAUGAUGACAUCGUGAGGAAGAUUGAUCAAUCUGAGUUUGAAGGUUUCGAGUAUAUCAAUCCCCUCCUGAUGUCUGCAGAAGAGUGUGUCUGAUUCUGCUCACUGCCAUUUAGUGCAUGGAUCUGCCCGUUAGCCUGGUCACAGUUAGCAUUUUAUGUUGCCCCUGCAGAAGUCUCUCUCGGGACCCUUUCGGAGACUAUAGGAAUCAUACAGAUGAACAGAGCUAAGAAACAGAAGCUAGCUUCCUGACAAUCAUGGCAACCCUGCUUAUGCUUGUUCUCCACACGCUCCUAACGAGGAAGGACGGUGUCUUUGUGUAAAGGAAACAACACAGCUUGUCAAAGAAAGCCUCUGCUGCGUUGUGACACUCGAUGGGAUGACAUCAUCAGUCUCCCACAGUUGUUGUCACUUUGGGUUAAGUCACUGAAGGCUUAAUUGCGUAGUGGAGGGCCAUGCAGAGUGCAUCUGCUGGUGUUACUGGUUUCCAAGGUCCCUCAGUUUAAGAUUCCUCCUAUGAAUCUCCUCAUUACUUUGGGUAAUUAAUAAUUAUGAAUUGGGUUCUAAAUUAUUAGCUUUGUUUCAAAAACUGGCACAGUGAUUUAUUUAUUUUGUGUUUUGUUUUUUUUUUUUCCCCACUAAGGGGUUAGCUUCUGAGCUUGCCUUUUCAGUGCAAACUAGCAUGCUGAUGUGUGUUCAGAGACAGGAUGCGCGAGUGGGCAGCUCCUCGUGUACAGGAAAAAGUAGACAUCUAAAGUAGCUGCAGAAAGAACGAUGGCAGCAUUUUCUUUCUUACUGUAGAGUAAAUCCUGCAGUUGGUGUUUAAGAUUUGAUGUAAAUAGUGAGGUGGCUCUCACUCCUCACCCAACUUAGAAAAGCAUUCCGUUUAUUCAGGGGAGGCGGAGUGAAUAUAUUUUUUAUUAUUAUUUAGUAUAUGGGAAAGUAAUUUAUCUUCUAAGUAGAAUGUCUUAACUACUUUUGGUUCCUUCUCCAGAGUGCAUUAUCUGUACUUUGACCUUUUCGUGGAGUCUGCGGUGAAAUUCAAGACCAAUAAUGAUGACCACGGAUAACUAUGUAACACACACACACACACACACACACACACACACACCCCACAGCUCCAGAUCUUCCUGAGCUCCUAUGUUGUAGCUAACACGUGAUACAGAGUAAAGUCCAUUUCAGGGCAGGGUUCUUCAGUUCUCCACACUAUUUUUAUUAACGGUAGUAUUUAGCAAUCUCUUAUUUAAAGAAGUACCAUUUUAAGCACCAAUCUGCUGUUUAUUUUAAAUAUUUUUAUAUAAAGGACUUUAAAAUGAUCGUCUAAAUAAGCUACAUUGUCAAAUCAGUAACUUUAGGAAUGCUAUGUAGUGUUGAGCUUAUGAUGAUUUAAAACAUGUAGGCAUUUGAAGAUAACUUUGAGGAUGCUACGUUUCAUUACAAGUGUAAGUUGUGUCAAGUUUGUGUCAUGCAUUUUCUUCAAAUAAUGUAAGACAGAGAGCAGUGAAAACUUCCAUUGAUAAAGCCAACGAGGGACCAUCGAGGUCCCUUGCCAAAGCCUGAUGACCUGAUGCUUGGAGCCCACAGGCUGGCAAGAACUGAGCAACUCCCACAGGCUGGCGGCCAUGGCACACGCACAGCCCUCCCCUGCGGGACAUAAAUGUGAGGGAGCAGGCCAUUAAGUGCAGUACGUGCACACUGGCAGGCAGAUGCUUGGACACAUUUCAUGUUGAAGUGUGUGUUUCCCCUAAGACCUGGAACAACGUGUCUUAAAUCAAAAGGCAGCAUUCACGUUAUAAGCUGGUAGGGAGCUCUGAGGUGUGGUAUGCUCUGACCUAAGCGGCGCUUCUCCCUUGGGGCGUUUAGACUGAGAGCUGUUGAAGUGUCCAGUGUCCAGCCUGCCUAGGACUCUGCGGGGCUUCGAAUUUCAUUUUGAGAAACUUUUUCUUCAGGUUAUUCUUUUUCUUGUGGCCAUAUUUCUUAUUGGAGUGUGAGUCUGUGUUUUUUGUGAUAAAACAUUUUAAGAAGGGAUAACCAGUGAAUUAUCAUGUGUUUGUCAACAAAUUUAGAUGAGUAAAUUCAAGUUGUAUGUCUUCCGUACCCUCACCCACAACAAAACCUGUACAUUUUCUGCCAGUAACAUUUAAAUAAUGAACAGUUUUCUGUGAUAAGGUUUUAACCGUAAUUAAUGGUGGUCUUUGUUUUUAAAUCUUUUUGUUGUUGUUGUUACUGUUGUUAACUAAUAAGACUUACUACGUGUUUUAUACAGAAUUAUUACAGAUGAUCUUAAUUCAGUUGUAGUUUUCAGUCCUUGAGUGCCAUGCAGACUCUGUGUAUGUCACGGAAGCCUCUUUCCCUCAGAGUGUUCUCCAGGGGAGACCGGCAGCGGGGUGGGUUCUUGGCGUCUUUUUUUUU